AUGCGCAUCCUAUCCAGAAACGCGCCGUCUCUGGCCUCUUCGCUGCGAGUGCGAGGGAAAAAAACACGUCUGAGCGGGUGGGGUUCGGUCGGUCCACGAAAGCCGUACUUGUACUUUGCCAUGAUGCGUGCUUUUGCGCCUCCAAAGCCAGACCGCCAGUUUGUCACGCCGGAAUGGUCAGGUCAGCCGCCGUUGGAAAACCAGCCAGCUUCCCACCGCUUGAUCCCUGUGGCGGAUAUUGUUCGGCCUGUAUUCGUAGCAAGCUGA